AUGGCAUAUUGUGAUCCUUGGGAUGUGCCAGAUUUUGAAAGUAGGCAGUGCAUUCUAAAGGUAAAUUUAGUAGCUAAUCAUACAUAAUUAUCAGAUUUUGUUCACAAAAUGUCAGAACAAAGUUACCACUGACUACAGUGAAGGUGGACUUUGCAUAAUUGUAGGAGUUAUUGUAAAGUGCUACAGCCAAUGGACCUAUUCCCUAAUGAACAAAACUUCGAUCUGGACAAAAAUUUCAUCACAGCUUGAAAGAGCAUCACAAAAUUAGUAAUAUUCCGAAGUUUCGUUGCAAAAUGUUGUAAAAUGCGGAUAAAUAACUAUUUUGCGGAGUGCGGUCUAGAACAUGCGACUUUCUAAAGAACGAGUCAUGCACAAUGAUCAUUUUUGUUUUGGAAAGCCAAUCACAAAACAUGAGUAUUUUAGGUAGGUCUUUACCCACCCCUUGUUAUAAAUUUCCAAGAGGAGGGAUUUUUUGAAACAUUCUUUAAUUGUGCUGCUCUCGAUUUUUAAGUAGAAUUGACAUUUUGGUUUUAUUUAAUGCAGUUUUGCUAACCCCUAAAAGCUUUUGCGGCCUCUGAAAAUCACUCGUAGUGAGGACAUAGACCCGUGCCCCUCCCCUGCUAAGCUGCACCUUGCACCAAAAUUGGUUUGUAAUUAAAAUUUUUGUUCUUUUCCUCACAUGUUUCAAUUUUAUGCCCAAAGGUUUUGGAUGCCACCAGUGAAGAGGAGUUUCAGGUAUUGGCUACUGAUGAUGAAUUCAUGAAUGUUUUUUCAUUAUGUGGAGAUACAAGUAUGCUGAAGGUUAGUAAAAUUAAAAAAACUAAUACAAUUAAUUAAAUGUAAUGAGUAAUAAGGAUAUACGGUAUAAAGUAAUGUAUCUUUCCCCAUUUAUAAUUGUGUAUCACUUUGUUUGACUGGUAAAAUCAUAUGUGGCAUCUACUGUACCGUACUAUACGCAGGCUAUGUUCUUGCACAAUGUAAUCGCGUAAACUGGGUCCAAUGAGUCCACCUUCUUGGCUUCCUCUUUGGAACAUUCAAUUUCAUCUUUAUUGAACAUGUGAAAUCGCUGUAAAUAUGCGAAUAUACAACUCGAACGGGCAAACUAAUGCCACUUAAGCUUUUGCAUAUUUUUAAUGUUUCAAAUUGGGGCCGAAUCAAUCACCAGUGAGUUAUUUUGACAUACGUCUUCCAGUCAUGUAUUCAAUCAGAGGUGACAUAUGUAUGUUUAUGGUUAUUUAAAUAGAGCUUCUUUUAUCCACAGUCAUGUUUUGUUUCGCCAUAGGUUACUGUGAAAAUUGUAGAUGCCACAAACAAGUGCAAAUGUUCUUGGAACCAUUCCAAUUUCCAAUAGACCGCAUAAUGACGUCACAAUGCCUGAUGAUACUGAUCUUAAUAGUCAUCGAAUUUGAAUUGUAGUCAAUUUAAAUUUAACCCAUUGAGUCGUAUUGCACCCUGAUGCACCCUACUUUAGUAUUUUACUCUGUCUAACGCCACACGAUUUUACUCGUCAAAGGGAGAGCGCUGGCACUUAAUGGGUUAACUGAUGCACCAAACACCGCUGAAAAACGUCUGCGCAUGCGUCAACCUUACCUGUAAUAGUAUUGCGAACUUGAUGAGAAGCUGUUCCGAACGUUUCCGAAGGCUCAAAAUGGCUGUAAAAAGGAGUGACUUCAUUGUGCGUCUUUACAGCCAGAUUUCAAGCGCAAAAAUAAACAUGUCAUUCUAAAAACUAGAAAUAAAUACAGCCAGAAGGUUCAAGAAAUUGUAUUGUACAAGAACAUGAACUAAAGGUGAUUGUUGACAAAUUUAUCGUCUGGAACAUUUUGUUUAUCAACUAAGCAACGACAAUUUCCGAAUUUUCGUUUGAGAUACAUUUCUUUAAAAAAAACUGUGUCGCCAAAUAUAAAACAUUUUCGUGUUCACAAUAAUUAAACUUUAGGAUUUAUUCUACAAUUUGAGUGGGUUAAGAAGCUUAACUUUUCGAGAGUUUUCUUAACUUUUUAGUUUGAAUUUUUGUUUUGAAUAAUUUUGCAAACAUUUUCGAAGUCGUGUCCGUUAAAAUCAACAUUUUUUUACAUGAAUUAUAUUUCAUUCCAUACUUUAAAUGCCAGGACGCUUUCAAUUAAUGUCUAGUCUACCCAUUUGCUAUAUUUUCUCGUUUGUUUUACUAAUUUUUGACUAAUUAAUAAGCAUGUUUUUGUUUUAGAAAUUGAUAUUCAAAUUCCCCGCCAUAUUUUCAUAAUUUGGCGCAUGCGCAGACGUUUUUCCGCGGUGUUGAUGCACCAUACUUUAAUACUUUACUCUGUCUAAAGCCAGACGAUUUUACUCGUCAAGGGGAGAGCGCUGGCGCUUAAUGGGUUAAACCGUUAAUAUUGAUGGCCGAUGACUACUCCUUGCGGGAUCCAAUUCUUGUGACGUCAUUAUCCUUAAGGUCUAUUGUGUUCAGUUGAUCGGCAAUUUUUUUUUAAAAUUUAGCUCACAAAUAAAAGGAAGAUAAUUCAAUCAAUUGGAGCGUAUGAAGUCCUUGGCAAACGGAAGAUGGCACUAGACCAAAUACGCAAGGGAUUGAAAAGCCUUGGUGUCCUCGAGCUUAUGGAAAAAUAUCCCCAAUUAUUCGAAGAUCUGUUCCAUCCAAAACCAAUGCCUCUUACAGCAGUAUGCAUUAAAGAGAAUCUUCUUUUUCCUCAGCAGCUUAAUGAAGUAGAUCAUCAAGUAAUUGGCAUGCUUAUCAGGUUUUUGGACCAGUCGUCUCAAGAAAGGCUUCAAGGCUUCUUAAAAUUUUGCACUGGAGGCAAUGAUAUCCGUCUGAGGCAAGGGAAGAAAAUUGCUGUUGAGUUUCAUGACCAAAACUAUAUUCAAGCAUCAACAUGUUCACUGAAAAUGAUGUUGCCAACAAGACAGUGUCUUGUCUUAUGGUUUGUUUGA